CAGUCGCUCACAACAGCUGGACACCAGAUCAGCUGAGUUCGUCUGCCGGCUCGUCAUUCCGCCCACGACUACCGGUCUGGGUUGGAUAAUAGUUCACUUCGGGGAUUGUUGUGCUCAGACGAGACCCCGUGUCCGAUUAGCACAAGUGCACAAGUUCUACGUGCUCGGUGUAACCAUGGCUGUAGCCAAGCUCGUGUGUGAGCGGUUCUGGACAAUAACCUCUACCAUGAGUGGCUAGAUUCAGAAUAUCCACUCCCCUGCCGCCGGCCGUUCUAUCCGCCAUCAAGAUGUGACCUUGAACUAGGCCCAAAGGGCCUUCGGCCCUAACCUCAAGAUCCACCAUGUGUCUAACUUCAACCUCAAAAGAUGUGCUAAAGUGUGUAAAAAUGAAAGUGUCUAAAUUAAAUGCCUCUUGUAUUUCUAAAUAUUAAAUGGCAUUAUAUGAAAAUUGAUUAGUGCUGUGGAAGUGGUGAAUUGUGUGCUAUUUGUUGUGAGAGUGAAUUCUGAAUGGUGACGUCACACUGCUAAUGAAAAUUUGAAGUGAUGGCGCCUGGCGGCGUGCCCGGCGGCGCACGCCUGCUGUGCCUGGGAGCGCUGGUGCUGGUGUGGGCCGUGCCCGUCGACCCGCAGUGGAGGGUAUUCCGCGCCGCCUCCAGCGUGCUGGCGCCGAGCUACUCCAGGGACAUCACUGUCCCCGUGGGCGAGCUGCGGUACCCCGGCGCCUCCCGCAAGGCCCCGCGCAGCAGCCCUGCCUCCGGCCAGGAGCAGCAGCAGCAGCCUCCGCGCAGCCGGCGGCAGUACAAGAGCUCCAACAGCUACUCCAAGCAGAGCACCUUCUCGCUGCUGCGUCGGCUCAUCUCCGAGACCGCCAACGAGACCCGGACCGCCUUCAAUCAGAUCGGCGACAUCCUGGGGUCACAGUUCUCCGACUCGCAGUCGAGGACCACGACGGCCAGGACUACCACGACGUCCACCACCACCUCGUCGUCGCUGUCCUCCGAUGCGGGAUCAACGUCCUCCUCAACGCCGUCCACCACGACGACCACGACGGAGGCUCCGUACCGGAUCUCCCGGCAAGAGCUGUUCGGCAUCCUGCAGCGGAACUCCAUCGGCAUCGGGCGCCUCUUCCGGAGGGAGUACGACUCGGCAAUGCAGGACUCGAAAGUGAACCUGAACCGCUUCAAGCAGGAGUUCCGCAUGGCCGUGGCCCCAUUCCUGCAGGCGGCCACGACGGAGGCCUCCAGCACCACCGCGGCGUCGAGGCGGCGGCGGUGAGCGCGCUGCGGGCGCGGCCCCGGGCCAGCUCUAGUCACCUCCACGUCCGGGGGCCCCACCUCGGCCGGGCCGAGGAACUUCAACGUGAACAGCUCGGCGCUGUGCGGCGACGGAUUCGACAGCGAGGUCGUCGCCGCCAACGCCGCCGCCGCCCGCACGCCUCGCUGCACCGGGAGAAUUGCUGUUUUGCCGCUCUGAUUGAAUCGUCGUCUCAUUUUCGGGUGGAUUCGGGCAAAAUGUAUUAUGCGGACCGCUCCCCUGCUUGGCCCGAGCAAUUUGCUCGAUUCUGCUCUGCUGUCGGAUUUUACCGAGACCUUUCGGCUGCUCAAUCUAUCUUCAUGAUAAAAACGCCCUGUUAUGCAGUCGAGACGUCCGUGCCAUUUUCUGCUGCGUGCUACACUGGAAAAACUAACGUUACCGAGGUAACGUUUCUUGACGCGACCAAACCAGGUAACGUUUGGUGAUGCAACCAGUUUGUGAUGACCCUAUCCUUUUGCAUGGGGUAGGUCGCGUCAGGAAACGUUACCGGUCUUGGUCACAUGAUGAAACGUUACCAUGGUAACAUUAGUUUUUCCAGUGUACGAACAUAGCUACGUAUCGCGUGAGGCGUGAUGCCCUAAUGUCAAAUCAAACUUCUGCGGAGGCUGCACGCCUCGUAGUUACUAUCAUAAUUUUCAGUGUGAUAAUCAUGCAUGUAACCGGUAAGUUGUGUGUAUAACUAUGAAGCAACAGGCGUUCGUGAUAGAACUGCUGAUUUGUGAUGAAAGUAAAAGCUUUGCUCAAAACAACGUAGGUGUUUUUCAAGGUGUAGACGGGGAAGUAGAGGUGCAUCUAUUAGUUAGCCAUGUACAAAAAAGUGUUCUUGCCAGUAGAGUAAUUAUCUGAUAGAUGUGUAUUUAUAAAUUGGCCCAAAGGGCUCAGAAAGAGACAGUCCCCUUGGCCAGACCAGAAAGUGAUAGUCCAGAAAGUACGUCCGUCAUUUGCCGUUGCAAACCUUGAAACCUUCAAGUUCAAUCUAAGCAAGCAGGCUCUAGCGCCUGAUAGAUAGGCAACAUCUCGUCUUCAAUACAUACAUGUACUGCGGGGUGGCCUAUCCCGAGUCUUGCAGGCGCCGGGCUCCCGAAAAUUCGUCUUAUGAUCUAAAAUAAUCUCAAUCAAGAAUCGAUCUUGAAAGCAGAUGAUACAAAUUGAAAAACAGACCUCUGGUUUGGGUUCUAUUUUUCUCUCAUAUUAAGCUGUCAUUUGCUUAUGGCUGCGUGUUACUUGAAUCUUGCUCUUCGACGGUCCACAAUAACAGUCCACGACGAUCUGCCGGGGACAGGUGGCAUGGCGGCCCGUGGCCCGCCAAACACGUGCGACAUGCUUUGAGUUACACAGAGGGGGAAGGAGGCUUGGGGACUGUCUAAAAAGUUGUUAGAAAUAUUCUAGGAUUCAUGCUGCCAACUUGAAAUACGUGAUCGGCUAAUCAAUAGAAACGAUACCUUGUGAUGAUCAACACGUGCUACCGUUAAAACUAUUUAAAUUAUUUUAUUAUGACCGCUUGAGUAAUAAUAAUUUAUUUAUUAUCUGAUCUAGUCAGAUCUGGGCUCAUAUAAGAGCCCUCUAGUGUAAUUUCCAUCCCAACAAGCUCAUCAUCUUUCAAAAUUUAUGAAAACAAAACUACUGUAAAGAUGAAAGUGCGCAGUCACGAUCAAACAUAGUGUUAUUCGAAAUAAAUAAGAAAAAAAAUUGUGUGUGUCUGAUAA